UUUGGGCCCAUGCGGGGAAUGCCGCGCCGCGCCCGGCGCGGGGAAAUCUUCCCCGCGGCCCAUGGAACCCGCGGGGAAUGUGCCUCGCAGCUUCCAGCAGCACCAGCAGCAGUUGCAGGCGCAGUUCCCGCACUCCCAGGUGAUUGCACGAGGGGCGCCGACAAAUCUGCCGCAGGUGAGGCCGGUGGUGCCGCUGCAUGGCGCGAAUGGCGCUGUGGCGCUGGGCGCGCCACGUGUGGCCCCAGGCGCCCAAGGCGCCCAAGGCGCCCAGGUGCUCAGAGCCCCAGCCACGGUCGCAGCCAGACACCCGGCACCCCACGCACCCACAAGCCACGUGGGUGCGCCCAGCGCGCCGAGCGCGCCGAGCGUGCGGCCGGAGCGGCGGCUGGUGGCGCGCGUGGAGGCGACGGUGAAGUCGGCGCCACGCAACUUGCGCUUCGCAGACGGCCCUGAGGAUGGCCCCUCCCCAGGAAGCCCGGACCGCCAAGCGCCCAAGUCAGCGCUGCGAAAGAGCGAGGCGCCGGCGGUGCCGGCGGCGCCAGCAUCCUCAGGGUGCACAGCUUUAGCGCCCUACCGACGGAACGCAGCGGCGCCCAACGGCGCAGGCGCGUCAGGGCCCAGCGCGCCCAGUGCACCUCGCGCCAGAAGAAGGUCCUUACCUGAGCCCGAGCUGCUUGUGGUGAAGUUCCUCUACUUAUCGCGGCUGCCGGCGGCCGGUUGGUUGCAGGGCCCGGCCCAAUAUCAACUGAGCCUGCACGUCGGGGAAGAUGCUCGCAAUGACCCUCCUCCACGACCUGGUGUCCACUCCACCCCCUCAGUGCCCGCGGGGCCUCCCCAGGCCGUGCCGCCGGAAGAGGCGGCCCUGAAGGAGCAGAUCGCCAAGGCGGUCGAGGCAAUGGCUGAUGCAAAGUCCAUCGGAUCGGAGUGCCGCUUCCGAUCCGCGCGCAUUGCCGUGCGCCUCAGCGAGGCAGGGCCUGGACCCGCCGCAGGGGGCCCGGUGUAUUUCCGCGUGGACGCCUGGUCCACGCCAAUUUCCAGCGGGCUCUUCGGGAGUUCGCCCGCGCCCGCGCUCUUCGCGCGCGCCUUUGUGCCCCUGGUGGACGUGAAGUACCACCGGCGCGCCUGUACCUGGCCCAUGAUCAACGCGGCCGGGGAGGACGUGGCCUUCCUCACCUGCGAGUUCUCCUUCGCUCGGAUACCCGCCGCAGUGCAGGACCUCCACUGCGAGUCCGCCACGGCCAACGAGGUGGCGCUGGCCUGGCACCCGCCCCCCAACGAGGACCGCGUGGUGCCUCUCAAGGGCUACCGCGUGGACUCCCGCUUGGUGGGCCGCGGCCACCGCGGCGAGUCCGGCGGCUUCCACGCGGUGCCGGGCACCAGCUGGCAGCAUGCGGGGGAUGUGGACGCGCACGCGCCACGCUUCUUAGUGCAAGGGCUCAAGCCUGAUACGGUCUACCUGCUCCGCGUGUGCGCGGUCAAUGAGGUGGGGCUCUCGGAGCCCGAGGAGGUGGAGGUGCGGUCCGGGCCCUGCGCGCCCUCCGCCUGCGGCUCCCUGCGCCUCGCGGGGUGCCAUGGCCCCGUGCUGGCGGUGGAGUGGGACGCCCCGAUGUACGAUGGCGGUGCCAGCUUAGUUGCCUACCGCAUCUGGGUUAGACCCUUCUCUGCCACAGACGCGGAUCCCAACGAGUGGCUGGAGGUGGGCCACGUGAAGCACAACGCCACAGGCCUGCAGCGCGCAGAGAUCCACACGGAAGAUUUGGACCCCUCCAUCGGACGAUAUCUUUGCCGGGUGGCGGCCAUCAAUGGCGCAGGGGAGGUGGGGCCUGGCACCCCGGACGCGGUAGCGCUCACAUUGCCGAAUCCCUGCGCCGUGUCGCGCCCAACGCCGGCCUCGGCGCCCCGGGCGCUGGCAGACGCGCAAGGCUCGAACAUGUGGUCUGCAAAUGGCAACCUGUACACCAUGACCAUCAACGAGCCGGGGAAGCGGAAGGUGACGGUGCCGCUGUUCCAGGACGGUGCCAUGGGCUCGGACGGCCUGGACUUCUUCGGGGCGAUGGGGCCGCGAUCCCUGGGCUCCGGAAGCGAUGCCAGCCGGGACCUGGCGCUACCGGAGCACUUGGAGGCGACCGCUUGGCCUCCUGCAGACUUGGAGCGGCGGCGGUGGCACCAUGAGGACGCCUUCGGCGGCUUUGGGGGUGGCUAUGAGGACUUGCCGCAUCAGCUGGUGCCCUUCAAGGCCCCGGCGGGCCGCGAGUCCGAUCGCUUCCAGAAGGAGGAUCUGCUGCGGGCGAUGCUGGAGGAGAAGCAGGGCCUCUUGGAGUCGAGUUUGCAGGCCUUCCAGGAGCUCUCGGAGCACCUGGACUCCCUGUGCCAGGUGGCCCCCAACUCCCCGGAGACCCAGCAGCUCCGGCUGCGCCACGAGGAGGCGGAGAUCGAAGCUGCCGGGUACCAGGCCGAAGUGGCGGUCUUAUCGCAGAAGCUGAACGAACAGCUUGAAGCGAUGAACGCGCCAGCAAUGUACCAUACAGAUGACAACGUCGCUUCCUUGCUGUACGGGACGCCGCCUCGCUAGCUACAGC